AUGGGCAUGAAGAAGCGACCGAGGUCUUCGUCGACCGCGCAAGGCGCUCCCGCUAGCGCCCGCAAUGGCACCGCGGGUACCGCGGGCGCCAUAUCGAGGGGCAGCCGCGGCUCAUCGCUUCCCUGUACACCGCCGGACAGACCAGACUCCAGACCCGGCGGCCCCGCGCAACCCGAGGCGAUGGGCGACUUGAACGCGGACCCACGAGAAGGCAGCCCUCUCUGUUCACCACGCGGACGCGGAAAACCCAAGAACGAGUCGCUGAAGACCACCGCUCCUAAGACCGCUGGCCAGGCGGAAGCCGACCCCACCGGCACCCGGGCGUCGGGAACGUCCACCAAGCUGGGCACCGUCAGGUUUCCGACUUCGGUCGGUCACGUCGCCGGCAGCAGCGUGACGCCACUCGACCACGUGCUCGUCUUCGGCCACGGCAAAUUCCAGUGGGUGAUACUGCUCUGCACGCAACUGGCCGUGUUCUGUACCGUGGUCCACGCCGUGACCUUGCCGAGCCUGGCGCGACCCGUGGACCACUGGUGCAGCCCUCCGCCGGCGUACGCCAGCCUGCCGCCCGACUUAUGGAAGAACACCAGCAUCCCCGUCGAGAAGGACGGUUCGUACAGCCGCUGCUUCCGCUACGAGCCACCUUUCUCGGCGCACGAUCGAGACGCCAACUUGUCUUUGGCGGUGGUUCCCUGCGACUCCGGCUGGGACUACGCCGCUUCGCUCCACAGCUCAAUCGUAGCCGAGUGGGACCUGGUGUGCAAUCGAAGUUGGAUGAUGAUAGCCAUGACGGCGAGCUACAUGGGAGGCACGGUGGUCGUCAUGCCCUUCACUGGCAUAGCAGCCGACCGCAUCGGCCGGGCUCCGGUGCUGGUCGGCGCGCUGUUCGUCCUCGUAACGGCCGGCACCCUUCUCGUCUUCUCCACCACGCUGUUCAUGUUCACCACCCUGCGCGUCUUCAUCGCCGCGUCGUCCGGAACCCUGCUCGUCGUGUCCCUGGUGCUGCUCUUCGAGGUGACCGACUCCUCCCGCCGCGUCCUGUACAGCUCCGUCGCCAUCGCCGGCGGAGUCUCGGCCGCCAACGUGUACACGGAGCUGAUGUACAACCUGGUCGACGAAUGGGCGCUCGUCCAAAUAAUCAACAUGCUCCCCGGCGUCCUUCUCGUCGGCGCAGUCUACUUCGUGCAGGAGUCGCCCAACUGGCUCCUGGCCGUGCACCUGAUUGGGCGCCUCUGCAAGGUGGUCGAGGCCGCCGCGCGGACCAACGGCGCAGACCUCGAGCGAGUGGCCAAGCGGCUGGAAAAGCUCCAUGAGGAAGACCGCAGGUCCAGGAAGGACGGCUGCGACACCGAGGGCGCCAACCGGACGUCGCCCCUCGAGGUGGUGACCAAUCCGUCGCUCCGUUCCGAAACGCUGGUCGGGUUCGGCUGCUGGUUUCUGGCGAUGAUCCUGUUCGAUUAUCUCCGGGGCAGCCGAGAGGACCGACCCGUCUACUACACGCAGAUCGCGCUCGAAUGUCCCACCGUGACGGCCAACGUUUUCCUACUGCAGCGCAAGGGACGACGCAUCACCACCGCCGUCAGCAUGAUUGCCCUCGGAUUUCUCGUCGCGGCGCUCGGUGCCUUCUCCCUCUUUUUUCCGGAUCCUUCGGAUGCUGAUGAACUGGCGCGCCACCUGGAGACCGCGGUACGCGUGGUUGCACUGCUGGCCGUCGACACGGUCACCGUCAGCCUGUCCGUCAUCACGAUCGAGAUGUACCCGACCGUCCUGAGGGGCAGCGGUCUGUCCUUCGCGUACGUUUGCGGUCGGCUGGGCGCCGUCACCAUGACCUUCGCGAGUUCGAGCUCCCGGCGAGGUCGCGCCGUCGAACUCGCCGUCGUCUCCCUGCUCCUGGUGGUGUUCGGCGCUCUGGUGCUGGUCGCGAUGCCCGAGACAACCAAGAUCCACGCCACCAACAUGCCUCGCAACGUGGAGUGGCGAAACAAGGAGGAGGACAAGUGGAAGCUCAACGAACCGCUCAGGGUCGCUCGAGACAGGCGGGCAUCCAGCGUGGCCAACCUGCGGCGCAAGGGCAGCGGAGCGCAAUUGAAGUCUGCGAGACAGUAA